AUCAAGUCCACUUGCCCAACAUCACUUGUACAACACUGUGCACCAUGGCAGCAGUGCCAGCAACACCCCGGGCGACUUCUCCGGACGCCCCCACGACCGACUUUGCGCUGCUCGAAGCUCAAAAGGAGAACAUCCGCCCGCUCGCGACUGGACGAAGUGCGGCCGCCCUAGGCGCAUACUUUGAGGCUGAUGAGGAGGCACGCAAGGCCCAGGAGGCCAAGGUUCAGCAGUUCCAGCGCGAUAUUGAGGAGGCGGAGCGCCGUGAUCGCGAAGGCGAGGACAUGGCUGACGGCGUGGCCGACGUGUUGGACCUAUGGAACCGAUACGUCUCAUUCACAGUUCAGAACAAUCCCUCGUCACCAAGCCGCAUCAUCCCCGUGGUCGAGAGCGCAACGCGACGGUUCAUUGACGAUGCGCGAUAUCAACAGGACAUACGAUACCUCAAGCUCUGGAUCAUCUACGCACGCCAGGUCGAGAGGCGGGAAGAAGUGUGGAUGUUUUUGGAGAGCCGCGAUGUUGGGACACGGCACGCGGCGUUCUACGAGGAGUGGGCGCUCGUCUUGGAGGGCAUCGGGCGGAAGAAGAAGGCCGACGAGGUCUACCGCCUCGGCAUUGCGCGCCGCGCCGCGCCCCUUGAGCGGCUGAAGAACCGGCACGCGGCUUUCCUCACACGCAUCAUGGCGCCGUCGUCUGAGGACAUCCCUGAAGACGAUCCCACACCGCCAACCCAGCCCCGUCGGGCGGCUCUUGGCGCAAUCGGCGGGCCGCCUCCUUCCGUGCAGCAGACACCGGCCGGGCGGUCGAGAGCGACAAACGGGUCCAAGAUGGAGAUUUUUGCCGACACUGCGGGGAGAUCAGACCCGGAGCACACGCCGUGGGAGGACUUCGGAACGCACGAGGGCAGGCGGAAGGAGAACACGAUCGAAGCCGCCCCAUGGCGUGGCGAGACGUUGCCGCAGAGCGCGGCACGCCACCGCGUUGCUCCACGCACUCCCAAGAUCGAGGUGUUCAAAGAUUCGGAGACGAACGGCACGGCUGUUACAGGCGGAGGCGAAGUGAUGCGCGCCAAGGCGCCGCCGAGCGAAGCCGAGAUGCUCCGUCUCGACCCUCUGCGGAACUUCGAUGUGGGCGCGAUCAGCACUCUCCCUACGGUUCCCGAGACGCGUCCUACCGCGCUAGUGGCUCCUGCAGCGCCAACAAGUGCGCGCAAGCCGUCAAAGGACAAGAAACGCGAAAAGCGACACAAGUUCGUCAUGGAACCGUGGACGUGCCCGACAGGCGGCGCUGAGAUUGUCGAUGCGAAGGGCAAGCGCGAGCGGCGCAUGUUCGACUGGGACGCGGUGUUUAGAGGCGGCGAGGAGUGGAGCUUUGAGGAGGUGCGCGCGCGCCAGCGUGGUCUCCUUGGCAAAGAGUACAAGCCCGUUACCGCAUGGGAACGGGCGUGGCACGCUGGCGGCGCGACCGGCCCCAAGGCCCCGCCACAGGCUCCGCGCCCGCCCUCGCCGACAGUCAACACCAAGCUUGCCAACGCUGAAGUCAUGGACCUCUUCAAUCAGACCAUCCAUGGCGGCAAGGCGCGCCAGUCCGACUCGGAGUCUUCCGAUGAGGAUGAGGACGAUGGCGACGACCACGAGGAGCAGGUCAUGCCCACGCCCCUGCCCCGCCCACGCGCCGCCAUGAUGACCCCCGGCGGCAUGGUGCCGCCCACACCGUGUCCUGCACCAGGCAGAAGCAACAUCUUCGCCGACGAGAACAGCGAGCCAUUCGGGGAUGAGAAUGCGCCGGCGGCGCGCAAGCUGGUGGUGUUCGACGAGAACGCCAACGCAGACGAAAACCGCCGCCCUGCCAUGACGCCGCGUGCGCCGCUCGGCACCACACCGCGCGCUCCCCUUGGUAUGCGCACCCCACUUGCCCCCACACCCCGCGCCGUGGCGGACGAAAACGACACACCGGCGCCGUCUAGGCCUGUGCAACGAAACAUCUUCGCUUUGCAGCAGGAUGCCAUUGCCGAGGAGGAGGAGAGCUCCCCUCGUACGCGAUCGCCUCGCGAGUCCCUGCACCAGUCACCCAUCGAGCAUGUGGAGGUGCAGGACGAGAACAAGUCGUACCGCACUGAGGCAAACGCCGAGGGCUACUCGUACCGAACUGAAGUGGGCCCGGAGGACGAAACCGAGGCACAGAAUGACCACUCGUAUCGCACCGAGCCUGAACCGGAAGGAGAGGGCUACCAAGAAACUUUUAAUGACCAUUACGAGGCGUACCCCGAGGAGCGCCCUUUCCGCAACCAGAUGUACAACCGCCACUUGCUCACGCCCGUGACGGAGCGGACGUUUGAGAACACGGUCACGACAGCCAAGAGCUCGCGCCACGGAUUCGCGAUCACGGAGGAGGAGGAGGAAGAGGAGGACGAGUCACGCUCACCUAGCCGGGCUGACCGCUCGGGUCUCUUUGACACCGGCGCCUUCGAUGUACCCGAGGGCUACACCAUCGCGCGCAAGCUUAACGAGUCGAAGGAUGCUACUCAGUCGAGCGUCGACGCCUCGGGCGACUUCGUCACCGCGCAGUACAAGUCGCCUGCGACUGAAAGAGUCGAGGCUCUUCGCCAGAAGGCCUCACCUGUCGCCAAAAUGGAGAUUUUCCAGGACGAACCCAAAGUCUCGCAGAGAAUUCCGGUGUACCAGGACGAGAACCGGCCCUCGGCUAAGCUCAUGGUGUUCUCUGAUGAGCCCAAGACGUCCCUCAAGCUACAGGAGCCUCCGAUCGCCGAGCCAUCGCCAGCGAAGUGCGUGGCAUCUCCUGCAGCGCCGGUCGCCGCUCUGGGUGCCCUCGCGCUCGCGCCCGUACUCUCGGACGUCCCCAAUCCAUGUAAUCCCAGCGAUGCGGCCGUCAUUGCCACGCUUCUGGAGCGCAUUGACCCUCCCCUUGAAGACCAGCCACUGAUCCGCCGCAUUCCCGACAAGUCGGGCCGCCUCGCCGCGCUCCAGAAGCACGCAAAGAUGCAUGCGCGCCGGUCGAGCUCGGCGUCGAUGCGCCAGUCGCUCUCGCCGGACGAGUUUUACCAUCUCCAGUUGGGAGGCAAGACGUACGAGGCGACGCACAAGAUCGGCGAGGGCGGCUUCGGCUCCGUCUUCCUCGCAGUGGACCAGGAGUUGCAAAUGCAGCUCGAUGACGCGGACGACGACGACGAGGACGCCGCCAAGGUCGCGAUCAAGGUCGAGAAGCCCACCAACUUGUGGGAGGCCGUGGUACUGUCCCGCGUGCACGAGCGCAUCGCCGCCAACCUCGUCGCGUCCAUCAUCCGCCCGCGCGGUUUGUUCGCUUACGCCGACGAGUCCUUCCUCCUCCUCGACUACUGUCGACAGGGCACCCUGCUGGACGUCGUCAACAAGGCGGCGCAGUGGAGCAUCGGGCCUUCGCUCAACGGACCCGCAGUCCCCGACGAGAUCCUCGCGAUCUUCUUCACGAUCGAGCUUCUCCGUCUCGUUGAAGGCCUGCAUACCGCUGGCUUCAUCCACGGCGACCUCAAGAUCGACAACUGCCUCGUUCGCCUUGACCCCGCCACUAAUUGGGACGCGCAGUACGCGCGCGACGGCACAGGCGGGUGGUCUGCGAAGGGCAUCAGACUCAUCGACUUUGGGCGCGCAUCGGACCUCUCGCUGUUCUCGGCCGGCGACAAGCAGACCUUCGUGGCGGACUGGAAGGCUGACGCUCGUGACUGCAUUCAGCUGCGCGAGGGCCGGCCGUGGUCCUUCGAGUCUGAUUACUUUGGCCUGGCAAGCGUGUGCUACUGCCUCCUUCACGGCAAGUACAUCGGCACUGUUAUCGAGGAUGGGCGGGUCAAGCUGGACGCACCAAUGAAGCGGUAUUGGCAGACCGACUUGUGGACCAAGCUUUUCGACACGCUACUCAAUCCUGCAGAUGUCCCGAUCACGGAGCAGCUGACGUCCAUCCGGGCAGAGUUUGAGGACUGGCUCGAGGACAAUUGCGUCAAGAACGGGCGCAAUCUUCGACAGCUGCUCAAGCGAAUCGAGAGCCGCGCGAUGGAGGGGCGGUAGUGCACGAGGGCGUUUCCAUUUGUACAAUACUGCAUUGCAUGUAAUCUCAAGAGCUAGCCAGGUCUU